AUGGAUGAUCGAACUCCUUUAGUCGGGGAAAACAGACCUAGAACUUUAGCGCAAACCAAAGCCUCUGUGUUGCGUGUCUUCAUGAUGACGCUCAAGUCGUCUCCAGUCAAUUACCUUUUGGUGUUUGUUCCAUUAGGGAUAUUAGCUGAGUAUUUGAAAUGGUCAGCUAAUGCCAUUUUCUGGUUGAAUUUUUUUGCUAUUGUUCCUUUGGCUUCGUUGUUAGCAUUUGCUACGGAGGAAUUAUCCGAAAACGUUGGACAGACGAUUGGAGGGUUAUUGAAUGCUACGUUCGGUAAUGCCGUGGAAUUGAUUGUGUCUAUUAUUGCAUUGAAGGAAAAGCAAAUCAGAAUUGUGCAGGCGAGUAUGUUAGGUUCUAUUUUGUCGAAUUUGCUAUUAGUCUUGGGGUGCUGUUUCAUCGCAGGUGGAAUAACUAGAGUGCAACAAACUUUCAAUCAGACGGUUGCGCAGACCAUGUCGUCGUUGAUGGCAUUGGCUACUGCAGGAUUAUUGAUUCCAGCUGCGUUCCAUGCUACAUUACCACCUCCAAAGAGCAAGCAUGGUUUCCCAGAACCAGGAUCGUCUGACACGUUGAUUCUUUCGUUAUCUAGAGGCGUGUCGAUUAUCUUGUUGGUUGUCUACAUUUUAUACUUAUUAUUCCAAUUGAAGACCCACAAGUCGUUAUUCGAAGAGCAAGCACAGGAAGCUGAUGAUGGUAUCAUCACCACCAGCUUACCUCCUGAUGAAAGCGAUGUCAAGCCAGAAGAACAAAAGUUAUCAGUAUUAAGCUCAAUCAUAGUAUUGAUUGUCGCUACUACCUUGGUCUCUUUGUGUGCUGACUACUUGGUGGGUUCUAUUGAUGACAUUGUCGAAUCGUCCGGAUUAUCAAAAACCUUCAUUGGUUUGAUUGUCAUCCCAAUCGUUGGUAAUGCUGCAGAACAUGUCACAGCAAUUAUUGUUGCUAUGAAGGACAAAAUGGACUUAGCAAUUGGUGUCGCUGUUGGUUCUUCGUUACAAAUCGCCAUUUUUGUCACCCCCUUCAUGGUCUUGGUCGGAUGGAUCAUCGACGUCCCCAUGUCGUUGUACUUCAGUACAUUCGAAACCGCCAUUUUAUUCGUUUCGGUAUUUAUUACCAAUUUGGUCAUCUUGGAUGGUGAACUGAAUUGGCUAGAAGGUGCUAUGUUGCUCAGUACAUAUCUUAUUGUGGCCCUAGCAUUCUUCUACUACCCAGACAACGUUAUUUAA